AUGGCCCUCGGCUCAGAACCGCUGGGCUUGGCGACGCUCAACGACCGCGCCCACGGCAACUGCCACGACGACAUCUUCUCACGCGUGAUCGGUGAUGCGCUGCACGCGGGGCUGCGCGGCAAGGAGGAACCGCGCGAGAUCUUCAGCGCCGUCAUCCCGCCUGUCACACUCAACGGCACAGCUGGCACGCGCGGCAAGAACGGCAUCGUGCCGGAUGGGCGCCUGCACUGCAAGCUGCGCGAGUCCCGCACGGCGCGCUGCACGGGCACACGAGGCCAGGCGCAUCCGUCUGUCCGGUGGCGCGGCACGACAGUGCAGCGCGGGCCCGAGCAGCCGCCGGCGGAGCACCUCCUCGAGGGCAAGACCAUCCACCGCGGCGGGCCUCACUACAUGAGCGCUCGGGCGCGCGACGAUGGCCAGGGCGGCGCUGUCGCCGACAGGGCGAACCUUGUCCAGCGCGACUACGAGGCGCGGGCGGCGGCGCUCGAUGCCAAGCCGCACGUGCAGGCAUGGAACAACGGCUCGAGGGACGCCGUUUCCUCCGUGCUGCGCUCGUUUGGCACCGUGCGCAGCCUCGUUGUCGGGGCCUACGCGGAGGCGUCGGACGACCUGCACCAGCUGUUCGACUGUGUGGUGGAGUCGGCAUCCAAGCAGCACUGGAGGCGGAUCGGCGCGCGUAGCGCGAAGGAGGCGCGGUCCUACUUCGCUACGACGCUGCGGCGGGCGUGGGGCGUGCACUUUGCGCGCGAGUUCGCGCGGCACCGCAUCCGACGCGUGGUGUUCGUGGGGGCCCCGCGGCGACAGCCGGGCAGGCCUCUCGCGACGGCCGAUGGAGACUGGCCAGCGCUGUCGGCGGGCGAGUUUGCGGCGCACGCGCUGCGCGUAGGCGGCGCGUGGGCGGGCGGCCCGCCCGGCCGUCGGUGA